AAAGAGCUUUUAGAUCCGGCUCCCCAACUCCCUUAAAUUCCCCCUCAUUUUCCUCCCUCCCAAACACCCCUCGAAGAAGAAAAAAAAGGAAAAAACAACAACAAUGGCGUCCGAGAAAGAAAAUUCCAAUUCCGGUUCCGAAUCUGCCGCAAUCAACGGCGAGGCUCCGGCUCAAUCUCCGAGGAAGAUCGCGCUGAUCACCGGCAUAACCGGGCAGGAUGGAUCGUACCUGACGGAGUUCCUCCUCGAGAAAGGGUACGAGGUCCACGGCCUGAUCCGACGGUCGUCGAACUUCAACACCCAGCGGAUCAACCACAUCUACAUCGACCCCCACAACGCCCACAAGGCCCGCAUGAAGCUUCACUACGCCGACCUCUCCGACGCCUCCUCCCUCCGCCGCUGGCUCGACACCAUCCUCCCCGACGAGGUCUACAACCUCGCCGCCCAGUCCCACGUCGCCGUCUCCUUCGAGAUCCCCGACUACACCGCCGACGUCGUCUCCACCGGCGCCCUCCGCCUCCUCGAGGCCGUGCGGUCCCACAUCUCCGCCACCGGUAGGUCCCACAUUAAGUACUACCAGGCUGGAUCUUCCGAGAUGUUCGGGUCCACUCCGCCGCCGCAGGACGAGACGACGCCGUUCCACCCGAGAUCGCCUUACGCCGUCUCCAAAUGCGCCGCGCAUUGGUACACCGUUAACUACCGCGAGGCGUACGGGAUCUUUGCUUGCAAUGGGAUUCUGUUCAAUCACGAAUCGCCUCGCCGCGGGGAGAAUUUUGUGACGAGGAAGAUCACGAGAGCGGUCGGGAGGAUCAAGAUUGGGCUGCAGAAUAAGCUGUUUCUGGGGAAUUUGCAGGCUUCUAGAGAUUGGGGGUUUGCCGGGGACUAUGUUGAGGCAAUGUGGAUGAUGCUGCAGCAGGAGAAGCCCGACGACUAUGUCGUCGCAACGGAGGCGUCACACACGGUGGAGGAGUUCCUUGAGGCGGCGUUCGGAUACGUGGGGUUGAGCUGGAGAGACCAUGUUGUGAUUGACAAGAGGUAUUUUAGGCCUGCGGAGGUGGAUAACCUCAAGGGUGAUGCCACCAAGGCCAAGGAGGUUCUGGGGUGGAAGCCGAAAGUCGGGUUCGAGCAACUGGUGAAGAUGAUGGUGGAUGAGGAUAUUGAGUUGGCUAAGAGAGAGAAGGUGCUUGUUGAUGCUGGAUACAUGGAUGCACAACAACAGCCAUGAUUUGUGAGUUUUUGUUGGUGGUGGAGGGAUUUCAAUUACAACUGGAGGAGUUUCUUUUAAAAAGAGCUAUAAAAUAUAAGAUGUAGUUUGGUUUGUAGUUAAUUUUGUGUUUUUGUUUCGUUUUCUCACAUCGAUUAAGUUGCUGUUGUUGCUGUUAUUGUUGUUGUUCCACUUCUUUUUUUGUUAAUUGAUUCAUUGGAUUAAGAAGUUACAAAA